AUGUUGUACUUUGGCUUUUUUGGCCUGAGAACAGUGGUAGUGACACACCCCAAUCAGAUGAGCUGUGAUUGGCCAGAGCACGGUGAGCGCACUCCCUACACGGGCCUGCUACGAAUAAUAUGGGAGAACUUGGGGCUGCUUUUAGAGACAUUGAAGAGAUACCUCUGUUUUAUUCUUGAAAUAUCCUCUGGGUGGGAGAACGGUGGAUGUGCCUUGGUGGCAUGGUGUUCGGUGCGAAAAAGGCGAUAUCGGUACACGACCCCUGAGAGCUGGUGCGGCACACGACCUUCAACAGAUAGUCCUAGGCCUCAAAAUUUUUUUGAGAGCGGUUGGGAAGUGACAAGACGUUCCAGUUUAUGUGCAGCCGUCAUGACGUCCGGUCGCUCGAACCCGUUUUCUGGGAUUGUGAUGGCGAGUAAUACCCAAUCGCCGGAGUCCUAUUUAUAUACACAUGCCAUCAAGCAGAAUCUGGGUGAGCAGGCUGCGCUGGUGGUGUCCUCGAUCCUUUCACACGGUGCGUUGACGGUACAACAGCUACACCAUCACACAACACUUCCAGCUGUGAAAAUUAAACAGGCGCUUGUUUCGUUACUCCAGAUGAACAUUGUGGUCCACUCGAUUUCGGACUGGAAGAAACAAAAGGCGCCCAAAGCGUACCAUUUUCAUGAGGAUGGUGCCUUGAAGCUGCUGUAUGCAGGUGAGAUCAUAUCGUGUUUGCAGCAGAUAUAUCCCGAUAACGCCUUGAUGGUCACAAUCAUUCAAACAGUGCUUUGUUCAGGUCAUUUGACCCUUCAAGACUUUUUGUCUUCGUCUGAUGAGGAGGAGGAGAUCAAUAAGUGUUUCAAUCUACUGGUGGAGGGCAAAUGGCUGGUGCCCAUAGAUCCUCUUCAUUUCCAGAAUCGGUACGACAUUUUGAUGCAAAUCUUUAGAGACCAAUCAAGGUUGUACACUAUCGAAAAGGGAGCUUCCAAAACUAUAAGUCAGUCGAAGAAACUGGCCGAGAUCAAGGAGAUGACCAGAGCGAAGUAUGCGUCCGUGAUCCUAGAAAAAUCAGGUCUUACGAAGGAUCUCCGAGUAAACGGCAUGAUAAAUCCAGAUGUGCCGUUGACGUUCAACUUAAACCGAUUUUUGCAGAGACAGAGGGAUGUUCAGCUGGUGUCGUUUUGCAGACAGAGGUUUGGAGAGGUGACAUCUAGGAUCUACUCUCUUAUUUUGGACAGAAUCGAGAGAGACUCCAAGGACAUAAUAAACGAUGAGCUGGAGCUCACAAAGUUCAUGGCCUCGAUUGCCUCUUCUGCGCCAGGUGCUGCGGUCACCGCAGGUCUUGAUCCAGCUGAUUUAGAAUCGCUUGGAGAACAGCUUGAGUUGGCAGACGCUAAGAAGUCAGCAACCUUCAAUGCGUCUGACAUUUUGAGGUUCCUAAAAUUGGUUGGCGAUUCAGAAAGAUUUGACCUGAGAACAGACGAUUUACUUGGGUCGAUAGUGGAUCCUAGUGUUUCCGGAACCAAAAGAGGUCUUGAUGGCGAUCUGGAAAGGGCUCCCAAAAGGGUCAAAUUGGAGCAACUGGAUGACGUGCUAAUGGUGGGGACUGACUCGAUGUCUGUGGACCCAGACCAGAAACUAAGAGGUCUCAUUAAUGAACACUUGAGACUAUUGGUGAUGGAUACUUCCGUUCCGUUCUUGCAUGGCACCACAGAGGGAUGGUACUAUGUUCCCUUCACGAAACUAACGACUGUUCUGAAAGACUGGACCUACCGGCAGUAUAUCAAGACCAUCUUCGGCAAUGAUGCUCUGCGUUUGUUGAGCUGUAUUUCGGAAAAAAGGCUGAUUGAAGAAAAGCUACUGGCUUCCACUGUGCUGAUGAAGGAAAACGCAGUCCGCAGUCUUCUCCAGAAAAUGGCCACUUUUCAACUGGUGGAAAUCCAGGAAAUUCCCAAAACGCAGGACAGGUCCGCAAUGAGAUCCACAUUUGCAUUUAGACACAGACCAGAGGCAGCAUCUAGUCUAAUCUUGAAAAGUCUCACCUACAGUCUGGCGGAUUGUCUGGACAGAAUUGAAAAAUUAAAGGACGAAAACCGCAUUUUGCUAGACAAAACCACCAGAGAAGAUGUCAUGGGCAAAGAAGAGGAAAUGCUUAUCACAAGCGAGCUGGUCCAGCUGCAAAAUAUUUUUGAAACCGAAGUAAGAUAUCUGGUGAGAUUUGGAAGGCUGCGAAGCGGCUUUGAAUGCCUGGGGUUGUUUUGA